UCUGAGCUAAGAGAUAGAAAGGCAAAAUGUAAGCGUGAAUUACCAGAAUUUGAGACCGAUAAUAGCAAUACAUCAGAUGAGAUGGAAUCUCGAAGCAUUGCUUCCUCAAAUUGUUCUGAUAUUUUACCUGAUGUUAUUGCAUCUAGCUCUGCUAUUAUGUCGAAAACGGAAAAAAUCCCAACUGCUAAUCUUAAAAAUCUCGCAUAUACUAUCCUAAAAAACUUAAACGACAGUGUGAUAAAAAAUAAGAAAUUCACCUCGGUGCCUAACUGUGAAGUAUGUAAUAAGGAGAUUUUUUCAAGUCUCAAUAAAGCAUUCACAGUCUUAGGAUGUGGACAUAUAUACCAUAGAAUCUGCAUUGAGAAGAAACUUCUGCUUACAAAACCAAAUGGGUGUCCUGACUGUGGAAAAAAUGUCGAGACUAUUACCGAAACCACCACAACUGAAAUGGAUCUUAGACGGGAUUCAGAAUCCAGCACCUCGUCAGUAGUUGGAAAGAUGGAAAAGCAACUUAAUAUCCAAUCUCAGGAAAUCGUCGAUGAAGAAAUGACAGAUGCGGAUAAUGGGGGAAAAAUAGAUAAUAAUUCGAAGGGUAAGGCCACUGAUAUGGGUGAGGAGUCCAAUAAAAGACCUAUCGAAGUUGACUCUGAAGAGCUGAAUACCACGCAAGAUAAAUCCCUCAGUAAGAAAGCGAAGAAGGAAGUUAAAAACGAGGAUUCCCAAAUGCUGAAACGACUUAUCAAGGAGUUAAGUAGUAAUACUAGUCCGCAGGUAUCUGAAAUUGGUGUAGAAGAGG